UCUUCGGCCGUCAAUGACCGAGCACCGCUGUCGGUGCUGAGCUCUGCGUCCAUUUUUUUCUCUCUCUCUCUUCUUCUUUCUGUGCAUUUAAGAAACCUUGAAGAACACACAAACCUGGAAGAGAGAAGGAAGUAGAGCACGCAGGGAUUGAAAGCACACUGGAUGGGGUUUUUUUUGUUUGUACUCCAAGGUGCGACGAAGCUCCGCUGAGCGAUGGGUUAGGACGGAUUUUAACAUGAUGGCAAAAUAAACGGGCUCCUUUUGCACAUCUGUACGUCCGGAGAGGCGUGUGUGUGUGUGUGUGUGUGUGUGUGUGAACAUGGCCGCUCCGCUCGCGCACAGGGGCCUGGCCGACAUGCCGGACCUGAGCCACCUCACCGACGAAGAGAGGAGGAUCAUCCUCGACGUCAUGGACCGCCAGAAGAGAGAAGAGGAGAAAGAACAGUCCAUGCUGAAGGUCAAAGAAGAUCCAAAGCCUCAGUCGGCGCAGUGGUUCAAAAGUCCCUUUAGCGGGAUCACGGACCUGGUUAAUAAUGUUCUCCAGCCGCAGACUAAGUCACAAAAUGAGCCUCAGAAAGAAGCAGCGACGGAGGAGUCGGAAACGAAGCUACACCAGCAGUUCGAGUCGUAUAAGGACCAGGUGAAGAAGAUGGCGGACGAGGCUCAGACCGCUCCCCAGCAGAAAGGCGAGGCUCCCAUCUGCGGAAUUUGCCACAAGACCAAGUUUGCUGAUGGCUGCGGUCACCUCUGUUCAUAUUGCCAAACGAAGUUCUGCGCCCGCUGUGGAGGACGAGUGUCUCUCCGCUCCAACAAGGUAAUGUGGGUAUGCAACUUGUGCCGAAAACAACAGGAAAUCCUCACAAAAUCCGGAGCCUGGUUCUACAGCGGACCGGGCUCCACGAUGCCUCCGGGGGUUCCCGGGGUCAUGCGCAGGCGCCAUGAGGAGGCCCCUCAGGAGAAGAAAGCCAAACUGCAGGAAGCUCCGUUAUUAUAUCAGGGCUCCACAGUGGAGCACAGCAGGGCCCCUGGUCUCCUUCGUCAACACUCCCUGGACCCUGAAUGGAAAAGAAGCCCUUCGGCGUCUAGGGAGCCAAAUCCUAACUUCCAAAGGGAGGACCGUCCAUCACACUAUGCUCCGGGACAAGGUGGCAUGCCACGAUCACCCUCCGACUACGGUCGCCCCUAUGAGGAUGCGCAGUCAGCUCGGGCAUCAUAUCGUGCCCGUCGUGGUGCCUGGCACUCCCAGGAGGAGGAGCAUCACCCUCCUGAACCAGGCUUGGUAUCUGAACGUGAUCUCCAUAGCCAGGACGAGUUCCACACACGCUACCGGAGCGACCCAAACCUGGCACGGUACCCGGUGAAGCCGCAGCCAUACGAGGAGCAGAUGCGCAUGCACGCCGAGAUGUCACGUUUUCGCCACGAGCGGCGCCAUAGCGACGUCUCCCUGGCUUGCACCGAGGCUGAAGAGCGGCCCGGUGCCUGGCGUUACGGCCAUGUCCACACCCACGGCCCCUCCUACGGUCACCGGCCCUCCAAUCCUGGUCCACGGGACAAGACGGAGAACCUGCUGCGCAACGACUCGCUUAGUUCUGACCAGUCAGAGUCCGUUCGUCCACCACCACCCAGACCUCAUAAAAGCAAGCGGGGAGGCAAAGCAAGACGGGCUUCACUGAGCAGCUCAGAUGAAGAGCUUCCCACUACACCUGAGUACACCAGCUGCGAGGAUGUGGAGAUUGAGAGCGAGUCGGUCAGUGAGAAAGGGGACAGUCAAAGGGGAAAAAGAGAAACUAUUGAGCAGGCACACAUCUUAUCAGAGGGCCAAAAGAAAAUGGUGCGCUUUUGGGGCCACUCGUUGGAAGAGGAUGCCGAGUGGGGCGAGCCGCAGGUUAAAGACUCGGGCGUUGACACAUGCAGUAGCACAACGCUAAACGAGGAGCAUAGCCAUAGCGAGAAGCAUCCUGUCACGUGGCAACCGUCCAAAGACGGCGACCGCCUCAUAGGCCGCAUUUUGCUCAACAAGCGGCUCAAGGAUGGAAGCGUUCCCCGUGACUCCGGAGCUCUUCUGGGCCUAAAAGUGGUUGGAGGCAAAAUGACCGAGUCCGGUAGACUUUGUGCGUUUAUCACUAAAGUAAGAAAAGGAAGUUUAGCAGACACUGUCGGACAUCUUAGACCAGGUGAUCAGGUCUUGGAGUGGAACGGGAGAAACUUACAAGGAGCCACAUUUAAAGAAGUUUACAAUAUCAUUUUAGAAUCUAAGCCAGAGCCUCAGGUGGAACUGGUGGUGUCCCGACCCAUCGGAGACAUCCCCAGGAUACCAGACAGCACACACACACAACUGGAGUCGAGUUCCAGUUCAUUUGAGUCGCAGAAGAUGGACCGACCAUCCAUAUCCAUCACGUCUCCCAUGAGCCCCGGCGUGCUGCGAGACGCACCGCAGUACUUAUCCGGACAGCUCUCUAGCCAAAGCCUUAGUAGGAGAAUAGAGCCUUUUAACCCUAGGGUUCAGGUUAAACUCUGGUACGAUAAAGUGGGCCACCAGCUCAUUGUCACCAUCCUGGGAGCCAAGGACCUGCCGUCGCGAGAAGACGGACGACCGAGGAACCCCUACGUCAAAAUCUACUUCCUCCCAGACAGAAGUGACAAAAGCAAGAGGAGAACUAAAACGGUAAAGAAGUCUUUAGAGCCCAAAUGGAACCAGACGUUCAUGUAUUCGCCAGUGCAUCGGCGCGAGUUUCGCGAGCGCAUGCUGGAGAUUACGCUGUGGGACCAGGCGCGAGUCCGUGAGGAGGAGAGCGAAUUCCUCGGAGAGAUUCUGAUCGAGCUGGAGACAGCGCUGAUGGACGACGAGCCUCAUUGGUACAAGCUGCAAAUGCAUGACGUCUCCUCGAUGCCUCUUCCCAAGAGUUCGCCCUACCUUCAGAGGAGAGCCAUGCACGGAGACAGUCCCACUCGCCGACUACAGACUCACGGCUCGUAUUCAUACAAUUCAGGAUCUCACAGGAUCAGCGACAGCGAGAUCUCCGAUUAUGAUUGUGAGGAUGGCGUGGGAGUCAUUUCAGACUACAGGCAAAAUGGGCGAGAUCUCCAAAGCUCCACCCUCUCUGUACCCGAGCAAGUCCUGUCAUCCAAUCACUGCUCACGGUCGGUGGACAUUAACCGAGCACGUUCACGAUCACCCAGCGUUCCCCCUCCUCAGAGUCAUUUUCUCACCCUACCUCGAACGAGACACAGUCAGCCUGUUCAUCAUCAGCAGAUGGAACUCAGGAAUUACAGCAUGCAGGACAGGCGCGAAAUGGAACGGCCCAUGUACACGCGCUCACGUUCCACCGAGCGCCCUCCUGAUGCCCAUCACAUGAGAUCGUCCAUGCCCACGCUGUCAUCCGGACACUCUGCGCCGCCCUCGCCUGCCUUAACGAGGGCACACCCCCGCAGUGGAUCUGUCCAAACCAGUCCUACUAGCACGCCCAUGAACAGCAGGAGGGGACGACAGCUACCACAACUGCCCUCGAAGGGGACGCUAGACAGAAAGGAUGGACGAGAAGACCUUGAGCCUGGUCCAGAUGAAGAGGAGGAACCUGGAGUAAAUCACUUCAUUCCCUAUCAGUCAUCAGUUGACCCAGAAGCAGGUGCAAUGGACAUGGAAGAGAGGACACGGCAGAUGAAGCUGAAGGUGGACAAGUAUAAGCAGGGAUCAGGCUCUGACUCCCGCCUGGAGCAAGACCACCGCUCAAAGCAUUCCGGCAGGGACGGGAAGCUCGGGUUGGACAGUCUCUCGGCCAAAUCUUCCGACAGUGACAUGAGUGACGUGUCCGCUGUGUCGAGAAGCAGCAGUGCCUCUCGCUUCAGCAGCGCGAGCUACAUGUCCGUUCAGUCGGAGCGGCCGCGAGGCAACCGCAAGAUCAGCAAAACGAUGCAGGGGCGGAGCCUCUCCCGGGAGGGGGAGGAACUCUCUGGGGAGGUGUUACAUGAGGAGGAGGAGGGAGGGGUGGGGAAUGAUUUUGGGAGCAGUCGAAAGGCAAAGACGUAUAGAGUAGAUAGAGAGGCGGAGUCUAUUGAGGAAGCGGCCCAGAGGAGGUUCUCAGACAAUGACCUCAGCGACUUUGCAUCCAAAAUGAAAAACAGGCAAAUGGGCGUGACAAGUGGAACCAAUCUGACCAAGAGCACUAGCAUCGGCGGGGAUAUGUGCAGCCUGGAGAAGACAGACGGCAGCCAAUCGGACACGGCCGUGGGCAUGGUGGGCGGAAACCUCAAAAAAAGGCGCUCGAGCAUCGGGGCAAAGAUGGCCGCCGUGGUGGGCAUGUCCCGCAAGAGCCGCAGCACCUCACAACUCAGCCAAACAGAAGCAGGAGGAAAGAAGCUGCGCAGCACCGUUCAGAGGAGCACUGAAACAGGUCUGGCUGUGGAGAUGAGGAACAGGAUGACGCGACAGGCCAGUCGCGAGUCCACCGACGGCAGCAUGAAUAGCUUCAGCUCUGAGGGGAACUUGAUCUUUCCCGGAGUGCGACUCUCCGCAGACAGCCAGUUCAGUGACUUCCUGGAUGGACUAGGUCCUGCCCAGUUAGUAGGCCGACAGACUUUGGCUACACCUCCAAUGGGCGACAUUCAGAUUGGAAUGGUGGAGAAGAAAGGAGCUCUGGAGGUGGAAGUUAUUCGGGCCAGAGGCCUUGUGGGUAAACCAGGAUCUAAGGCACUGCCAGCCCCUUAUGUGAAGGUGUACCUGCUGGAGAACGGAGCAUGCAUAGCCAAAAAGAAAACAAAAGUAGCACGUAAAACCUUGGACCCUCUUUAUCAGCAGCAGCUGUCCUUUGAAGAGAGUCCAGGGGGAAAAGUCUUACAAGUCAUCGUGUGGGGAGAUUACGGACGAAUGGACCACAAAUCAUUUAUGGGCGCCGUUCAGAUACUUUUAGACGAGCUGGACUUGUCCAACAUGGUGAUUGGCUGGUUCAAGCUCUUCCCCCCAUCCUCACUGGUGGACCCGACACUCGCUCCUCUGACUCGAAGAGCAUCGCAGACCUCUCUGGACAGCAGCUCUGCGCCGUUCGGCCGCUCGUAGCACAGCGCUAACGACUAGCAUGGUUGUUUGUAGCAUCAUCCAUCAUCCCGAUGGUGGGAGAUUUGAGAUUUGAGGCCAGUUGCUGCCCCUCCCCAGUAACACACACUGCAUGCUUGGUGUUGUCUUCUGAGCCUGUUUCUUAGGGGUGAAAAACUAAAAGCGGUCCUGUGUUUGCUCGCAAAAAUAAUUAAAUAAAGAAAUAAUACUAAUAACAGAUAAAUAAACCUAAAGCCUCGCACAUGUUGAGCAUGGAGAGCAACCCCCUACAACCGGGGAACAGCCAGACGAAGGAAACGGACCUCUCUUUUUUGUCCUUUUUCAAAGCCAUGGGGUUCUACACAAAAAACCCAUAUCGUUGCUCAUUUGUUUCUCUUCCAUUAUCGUUCAUUGUUCAUUUGUAUGUGAACGGGUGAAGAGCGGUUCUCCAAAAUGGGUCAUGCCAUUUAAACAGACCCAGAGUUUGUCAUAUGGAAAAGAGUUCGUAUUAAAAACCGUCUGCACUCCCCAGAUAUGCACACGAUCGCAAGCGAGACUGUUUAUAAUUUUUUUGUAAAAAAAAAAAACCAAACAAACAAAAAAAAAAAUCGCAAUACCGAGAAGGUUACACAAUCGACAGAGAUAAAGAGACGCUUCGAGAUUCCCUCCGGGAUGAUGAACGUUUUGGAGCGGAAACGCGGGAUUUUUCUGUUGAUACUGUAUGAAAUUUCAAAGGGACUCUUUUAUUUUAUUUUGAUUUGAUUUUUAUUUUAUUUUUUUCCUUUUGCAUGGACACAAAAUUUAGCUGAUCUUAAAGAAACAAAUAUUUUCAUGAGAUUGCAACUUGCAAAAAAAAAAAAAAAAUGAAAAAGAAAAAAACGAUGAUAUACACAAAUGAAACAGAUCAGCCAUUUUUUUGGAAAAAAAUUUCUAUUAUUUUUAAAGAGAAAUUUCACUAGUGCAUGGUUUUCAUGGGGGGAGUGAAUGCAAUGGCGUGAUUUAAAAAAAAUAAAUAAAUUAGAAAUCCUGUUUUAUUAUUAUUAUCCUAAAGGCUAGGGUCUAUACUGUAUUUUUACGGACAUUACGAUUAAAUAAGGACUAUAGAAUUUAUUUACAGGGAGAAGAAGAAGAAGAAAAAAAAAAGAAAAGAAAACGUGACGUAAAGAAAAAGAGAAAUGUAUUAUUUAUGUCAUCGAUGAUAAAGGGGAUCAGAGAUCAUGUGCAAAUUGUACACGUUUCUUUUUCUCUUUCUUGUCCCAGGGUAACUCUUGCUGCUCUUGUCAGACCCCCACCCUCACCCCCCUUUCCCCCUCUCCGAUACCGGUCCCACGUUCUCCGCAGGGCCUUUUAUUGUACUUUAUUUUGGACUCGAUUAGAUUUAACAAGCAUGUUGAAAUGGAUUUUCUGCAACAUGGCUUGGGCACAGUGUGCAGUAACACAGCAUGUUUUGAUAAAAAUUUGGAAAGGAAAAAAAUAUCUCUAUCUCUCUUUCUCUCUCUCUCUCUCUCUUUUUUUUUUUUUUUUUUUUUGCAAUUUCUUGUACAGUGCAUGUCAAUAUGUUCCUUUGGUCCCUGAUUGAAUUUUAAGGAAAUUUGGCUGGGUUUGAAUAAAACAUUCCACCGAUUUUGUCCAAUUUUGUUUAAAAAAAAAAAAAAAAAAAAAGAUGGGAAUUUUAUAUCCUGGAAAAAAAAAAAAAAACGAAGAUUCCCCCCAGUAUUCAGGAUGAAUGAUCCCAAGGUUGAUUUUGCAAAUGGUUCUCCUGCAUCUCAUGGACAGUUGCAGUAUUUGCGUAGUGCAGUUUUACACACAUGACCCUGGAUCUGGGACAACAUGGACUCUUGCAUGACAUGAAAACUUGCCAUGAUAGAAAAAAAAAUAGAGAUUUCUAUUACUAGAUCAUUUUUCUUGCGUAGAUUUCAGAAAGUUCCUUUAAUAUAUUUUUGUUAUUUUUAUUUACAAGCCAAGACCAGUUAAUUUUUUUCUUUUCUUUUUUUUUUUUAUUUUAGUAAUUAUCAAAACUUUGAGAUGAUUCUUCUAGGUAUAAUGUCAGAACGGAGCUACACCCGAGACAUUAUUCCUCUUCCAUGUAAAGCGAAAUCUAUUUUGGUGUUCAUUCUCUCUUCAUCUUUCCUUUUCUCUACCGAGCUAUGUAUAGAUUCUUUCUGAUUUGACAGUUGUAUAUAUUAUAUAUCAUAAGUUAUGGAAUUUGGAUUUAAAAAAAUAAAUAAUAAUAAUAAUGAUAAUAAUAAGCAGACAUCUAUAGAUAAGAUCGUGCGGAAUUGGGAUAAUGUCUCACUCGAGGAAGACAUGAUACACCCUUUUUGAAUGCCUUCUCUUUUUCUUUUUUCUUUUUUUUUUUUUUUCUGGUACAAUGUGUUCAUGCCAAGGCUAUGUCUUGGUUAAGUAUGGUUGAGUACAGAGAUUUAUGUAAGUUAUUUUUCAAAUUAAACAAUAAAAAAAAAGGGAUAUUACACUGA